CUCUCCCCAGUCCCCCCUUCUCCUUCCUUUCCACCCACCCUCCCUGACGACACGGAGACCGUUCGGUCAGUCCUCCUUCGCCCCUUUCCCUGUUUCGGUUGCCGAGAAAAUUUUCAGAAAAUGGAAGAAAGCGAUUCCUACACUAAGCAUGGAAGCAAAUUUAAUUACUCACGACUUACCGCAUUUCAUUACUAAGUGAGGUUCCCGCUGAUUUUUCUUUCACCUGAAAUUUCUGGCAGGUGACCGCGCAUCGGAGGGACGCAAUGUCGGCGGUUCCGGACUUCCUCGGCUCUGUGGCGAAGCUGGACGAGCUCGACAAGUUGGACAUGCGGCCGAGGCUGCUGGUGAACAUUGACCGGCAGCGAUCUUGCGACGAGAGGUCGCUGAGCGAGCUCACCAACGGCCACGCCGCGGAUGCGCUGCACUCGCCGCCGGGGACGGGGCGGAGGUCCGGCCUCGAUACUCCCGGGACGCAGUUCGCCGCCGGGAUCGAUUCGCAUCCUCACGUGCUGGAAGCGUGGGCCGCGCUGCGGCAUUCUCUGGUCUACUUCAGGGGACAGCCGGUGGGGACGAUUGCGGCGUUGGAUAGCACCGAGGAGAAUCUCAACUACGAUCAGGUGUUUGUGCGAGAUUUCAUACCUAGUGGACUGGCAUUUCUGAUGAAUGGGGAGCCAGAGAUUGUCAAGAACUUCAUUCUGAAGACUCUACGCCUGCAAUCCUGGGAGAAAAAGAUUGAUAGGUUCCAGCUUGGGGAAGGAGUCAUGCCUGCGAGUUUCAAGGUGCUGCAUGAUCCGGUAAGGAACUCCGAGACUCUGAUGGCUGAUUUCGGGGAGACUGCAAUUGGCAGGGUGGCUCCUGUUGAUUCUGGAUUCUGGUGGAUCAUACUGCUAAGGGCGUACACUAGGUCUACUGGAGAUACCUCAUUGGCUGAACUACCAGAAUGCCAAAAGGGAAUGCGGCUUAUUCUGAGCUUAUGCCUUUCAGAAGGUUUUGACACGUUCCCUACUCUUCUUUGUGCUGAUGGAUGCUGCAUGAUUGAUCGCAGAAUGGGUGUUUAUGGGUAUCCGAUUGAGAUUCAAGUGCUUUUCUUCAUGGCAUUAAGAUGUGCUUUGGUGUUACUGAAACACGAUGAGGAAGGAAAGGAGUUUAUGGAACGAAUUGUCAAACGCCUUCACGCCUUGAGCUACCACAUGAGGAGUUAUUUUUGGCUUGACCUCAAGCAACUCAAUGACAUAUAUCGAUACAAAACAGAGGAGUACUCCCAUACCGCAGUCAAUAAGUUCAAUGUGAUACCUGACUCCCUACCAGAAUGGAUAUUUGAUUUUAUGCCCAGUCGUGGUGGUUACUUCAUCGGAAAUGUCAGCCCAGCAAGGAUGGACUUCCGUUGGUUUUGCUUGGGAAAUUGUGUGGCCAUUCUGUCAUCCCUAGCCACCCCUGAACAGUCUACGGCAAUCAUGGAUCUCAUAGAAGCGCGAUGGGAGGAGUUGGUUGGUGAAAUGCCCCUCAAGGUAUGCUAUCCUGCCAUAGAAAGCCAUGAAUGGAAGAUCGUAACAGGUUGUGAUCCGAAAAACACAAGAUGGAGUUACCACAAUGGAGGAUCCUGGCCAGUACUACUGUGGCUGCUCACAGCUGCAUCCAUCAAGACAGGGCGUCCACAGAUUGCAAGGCGCGCAGUGGAGCUUGCUGAAUCCAGGCUGAUAAAGGACGGGUGGCCUGAGUACUACGACGGGAAGCUUGGGAGAUACGUGGGGAAGCAGGCGCGCAAGAACCAGACCUGGUCAGUUGCGGGGUACUUGGUGGCGAAGAUGAUGCUGGAAGACCCUUCUCACUUGGGUAUGGUGGCACUCGAGGAGGACAAACAUGUGAAGCCUGUAAUGAAGAGAUCAAACUCCUGGACUUGCUGAGGCCAGCAUGGGUUAUGAUCCAAUCUUAGGGUAAGCACAUGCAUCUUGAGCAUCGGACUGAAGAUCGUCGUGUAGAGAUGUGCAAAGCUAGAGUCUAACCCAUUCUGUUGUUUAGGCAUUUUGACAAUUGUAAGUAGCAAUUACUUUCCAACUGGAUGAGAUACCAUUGAGGUAGCUGUAGCGUAGCUAUCCUCCUUCCUUCCUUCCUUUCAGAUCCAAGGCUAUGUUUUGUUGUUCAGUGCCUUAGUUGUCCGUGCUAUGGUGGAACUGUUUACAUGUGAUGAUCCUGCAGGGGAAAGAAUGUUUUGUUGUCUGAAUUUGCGGUGUUGGAGUUUUACUUGGGAGAGUUUUAGCGGCAUAAACGCUUUCGUACAGGAGGGCCGAAUUUGCGGUGUUGGAUCGCUCACUUUUUGGUUACAAAAGGACACAUGGUUGGCCGAGUCCACGGGCAGCGUUUCCACCUUCACUGUAAUGAUUUCUGUUCUCAUUUGUCUGUUUCCCUCUUUUCGUUUAUUUUGUUUGUUUGCUUUUAGUGUCUUCUUCUAGUUCUUCCACUUCUUCUAGUUCAGGUCUUACUCCGGCUCGUUUGAUUUGGAAUGCUGGUUCAGUCCUUUUGGUUCCGAUGACAUUUCUGAUUUCUGCUUACCAUCAGAUUUGGUGGUGGCAUUGCAUUUUAG